UGCCCAAUUUUUUUUUUUGAUAUUUUAAGCAUUUGGAGUUGAAUUGGGUUGUGUUCUUAGGCUUUCUCAGGGGUUUCGACCAAGGGGUUCAUUUCUCUUUGGGCCUUUUUGGUGGGAAAACAAACAAAUGUCAUCACAACUCUUCAUCAUCAAAUACAUGGUUGAUUCAAAUUUGCUCAUCAUCAUAUAGGAAAUCUGGCACUGGACUGUCGAAAGGGCGACUUUGUUUAAAACGUGGGAGGCCCUUGGUUGUAGCAUCUGAUACUUGUGCUUGAGUUCCAGCUAACUUUUUAACGUCAAUAUUGUUGUUCGUGCCAAAUAGAGAAGACAAAUAGUGAGGUGAACAUUGAGAUUCACACUACAAAUUAUGGAAUGCAAUAAAGAUGAGGCCAUCAGGGCAAAAGUAAUUGCUGAGAGAAAGCUAACAGAGAAGGAUUUUGUUGGUGCAAAGAAAUUUGUGUUGAAGGCCCAAGCUUUGUAUCCUGGGCUUGAGGGUCUUUCCCAGAUGUUGAUGACACUUGAUGUGUACAUCUCUGCAGAGAAUAAGAUUAGCGGAGAAGUGGAUUGGUAUGGUGUACUUGGGGUAAACCCCUCUGCUGAUGAUGAGACAGUAAGGAAACAGUACAGGAAGUUGGCUCUCAUGCUUCACCCUGAUAAAAACAAAGCUGUCGGCGCAGAUGGCGCAUUUAAGCUUCUUUCAGAGGCAUGGAGUUUGUUAUCUGACAAGCCUAAGAGGUUAGCAUAUAACCAAAGGAGGAGUUUAAAAGGAUUCCAACAGAAAGUUCCAACCAAGAGUGGGGGUCAAUCUGCACCAGCCAAUGCAAAUGGUUUUCAUAAUUUCCCAAACAGUGCAACUUCAAAUGUAAAGGCACAGAACAAUACUGCCCGGGUGCGUCCCACUUCGGUUCCACCUCCAUCCAAUCCAAGAACUGAUACCUUUUGGACUAUUUGUCACCGAUGCAAGAUGCAUUAUGAGUAUCUUAGGAUAUAUCUCAACCAUACUCUCCUUUGCCCCAAUUGCCAACAGCCUUUUCUGGCUUCAGAGACGGCUCCACCUAUGAAUUAUUCAAAGCCAUCUAGUUCAUCGGCUCACCAAAGGUAUCAGAAUCCAGGUCAUCAUGGUGCCAAUGGUAAUCCAUUUGAUCCGGGAAGAUAUGCUGGAGCUGCUCAAAAUUCAGGACCAGGAGGAUUGGCAGGUCUUAAUUCGUUUAAUCACACACAAGUCCAGCAGGGCCCAUUUGCUAGACCAGCUGGUGCUGGUACCAGUGUUUCAUCAUCUUCUGUAAAACUGAAGAGAGAGCGUGAGGAAACACAGGCUGCUGGUGGCUGGGAGAGUCUCUUGAAAAGGAGAAAAGGACUUGAUGAUGAUGGUAAUGCUUAUGGUAGAACUCACAUGGGAAAUUUAUAUGGAUUAAGAAAGGGUGGUUUUGAUAUAGAUAGGGUCCAUAGUAGGGUGCUUAACAGCACCUCAGAGUUGACGCCUCUUGAGCUUCGGAACAUGCUGAUGGCAAAGGCUCGGAUUGAGAUUUUCAAAAAGUUAAAGGAUUGGAGGGCAGAGACUGUAACCAAGGCUGUAGAUUCAGCGAAAGACAAGGGGAAGGAAAGCAAAAAAGAAAAAGAUAGAAGUUUUGUAAAAGGCAACACCGGUGAACUGAAUGGGUGUGGAGUGUCUCGUUCUAUGGAAGGAGACCAAGCCAAGAAGCCUUUCAGUAGCACUUCUGCUGAUGGGGAUAAAAAGGACCUUGCUCCAAUGUCAAUUAAUGUACCAGAUCCUGAUUUUCAUGAUUUUGACCAGGACCGGACAGAAAGUUCUUUCGAAGAUAACCAAGUUUGGGCAGCAUAUGAUGAUGAUGAUGGCAUGCCACGUUUUUAUGCUAUGAUUCAUAAGGUAAUAUCCUUGACGCCGUUUAAGAUGCGGGUAAGUUGGCUUAACUCAAAAACCACCAGUGAAUUUGGUACAACAGACUGGGUAGGGUCUGGUUUCUAUAAAACUUGUGGGGAUUUUAGGGCCGGCAAACAUGAAUUCACUGAGUCUCUAAAUUCAUUUUCCCACAAAGUUAAGUGGGCAAAAGGUCCGCGUGGGACUGUUGGCAUAUAUCCCAAGAAGGGGGAUGUGUGGGCUCUUUACAGAAACUGGUCCCCUGAUUGGAAUGAGCAUACCCCAGAUGAAGUGAUACACAAGUAUGAAAUGGUGGAAGUGCUUGCAGACUAUAAUGAGGAUCAAGGCUUGUACGUUGCUCCUCUUAUCAAGGUUGCUGGUUUCAGGACUGUAUUUUGUCCAAAUACAGACCCCGAGAAAGUAAGGAGAAUACCAAAAGAAGAGAUGUUUCAAUUCUCUCAUCAGGUCCCAAACUAUUUGCUCACAGGUCAAGAAGCUCAAAAUGCUCCAAAGGGCUGCCAAGAGCUGGACCCAGCAGCUUCCCCUUUGGAACUUCUUCAAGCAAUUACAGAAGCUAAGGAUGGGAAAGCUGGAAAAGAGAUGUUGCAGAGUGGCCCAGAAAUUAGGGUAGAUGAGUUUGUGACUAAUACCACACAGGCCAAGGAAGAACAAAUGGUAGAGAGCGGUGAAGAAACCAAGGAAGGAGAGACAGUAGGCAUCACAAAGUAGCCAAGGAAGGAGCUUUGGUGGAAAAUGCCGAAAAAAGCUGAAGCAGAAUAUUAAGUUUGCUGGAGAUUCACUGGUAAUUUGUUUUUUUGGUUAUAUGGUGUAGAAUUUUGAUAAGGAUGACAUUUGGGUGCAAAAGUGGACAAUGAUAGAACUUGCAUUGCCGUUCCCAAAUCAAAAUCUAACCGCAGUUUUGUCUGCAAAUUGAAUAUUUGCUUACAGGAUCAGAAGAAUACACGGUUCCUGUUUCAUUUUUAUUUCUUCUAAGAUUAGGGUUUUCUACUUUAUCUUUUUGCUCAUCGUAAAAUAGUUUCUACUGACAAGAAACCAUUUGUUGGUUGUUUUCUUGUCGAUCAAGUAUAGUAAUGCGCAGCCUAUCUUUUGCUUGUACCUCACAUUGAUUUGUUCAAUCAAUUUACCUGCUCUAAGACUUUGUUAUAUUGUAUCCUCAGCUUUUCUAUAUCCAUCUCAGGGUAGUUGCUAUUAUAUGGUUGUAGAGCUCAGAAUGUGUUUUCAAGGAUUUGUUUGUUCUGUGGGAAGAAACUAAACUUGGGAUAAUGAUGACCUUUUUAGA